AUGUGCAAUGUGUCAGUGAGUGAUGACAUCAUCACGAUCCCAAAGCCUGCAGUUCUAGUGCCUGCUGAUCUGUGUCAGUGUUGGUGUGUUGUGUUCUGUAUGUGUGGGCUGGGCUGCCUGCUAUCACAGCUUUUAUCUCCCCCCACUGCCUGGGGAAUUGCAGCCUGGGAUCUGUCAGAGUGUGGAUCCAUCAUCCUCCACCCACUGCAACUGUCACCCUGCCACCGCCAGCCACAGAUAGAGGCCAUCCGUGACACUCAUUUUGUCUUUAAUAUUGGUGCUAGUGGCAUCUUAUGGCAC